AUGCUGCCGCCUGUCGAUCCAGCAACACUGCAGCGUAACCCAAACUUCGACACGCUGUACAAAGAUAUCUGCACACGAAAAUUGAAUCCGGAUGGCUCGACGCGAGACACCAAGAAGCAGCGCAUGCACGAUGAGAUACGGCGUAAUCUGACGACUGCACGUUCAACUCUCCUCAGCACACAAAUACUCAUCAGCACAUUGACCUCCCUGCCCUCCCGUGCACCAACUCUGCCAGACGACCUCCAAGCGUGCAUAGACCUGGUCUCCGCACUCCUUUCAGGCCAGAUACCCGACCCGUCAGACCGUGCCAUUCUCUCGGGAGAUGUAACCACGUUCCUGGACAAUGUCGACAUAAUCGCCUCCGCCACGUCCACGCAACUCGCAACACUCACCAACCACCUCUGCGCCAUCGCCUCUCCCCUGGCCGUGCCAUCCUCGUCCUCGCUCCCAGCAGCAGCAGAAGAUCUACUAACCUCCGCAACCCUCACGCUCCCGCAGGAUCUUCUCAGCGCGCGCACAGACCUCACAAACACGCUCACAAGCCUGCUCUUCACACACAAACAGACGCUCGAAACCUCGAUCCGCAUCCUCGAGCAAACCCAGCACGGUACCCUAGCGCGCCACACCAAAGCGCGCGCCGAGCUUUUGCACUCGCGCGCCACGCUUCUCGGCUUGCAGGCCAAGUGCCACACGUUCGGACACCCGCCGCCGGCCGAGUUUGUGCACGCGCUGAAGGAGUUUAGGAAGAGUCAGGGUGCAGGCGAGAGGGCGUUGAGGGAUAGAGAGGCGCUGGCGAAGCAGAGCUUGAGGCUGUACGAGCAGGCGGGAGAGAAGGGGAUCAGAGAGUUGGCGAAGCGGAAAGGGUAUCUUGAGGGGGAGACGAGGAGGAUGGAGAAGGAGAUUGACAGUUUAGAGCGCGGGGGGUGA